AAUUUAGAAAAGCCUAUAAAGUAGCAGUGUUAUAUCGUGGUCAGGGGUUGUAUCCAGGCAGGAAUGUCGAGCAGCUGACUGCAGGGAGGGGUUGUGAGACUUGGCUGCAGGCAGUUCAUUGUUUUUGCUGGUGGCAACGUUUUAACAGUCAUUAAGUCUUCGAGCACGCAAAGAUCAGGUGAGUGUUUGUGACAAUGGGGAGCUGGAAGAGUCACGUGCGCGCUAAACUGCAACAGAGAGACCAAACUGAGAAAGUCCCAUACGUCGGUGUGUUCACAAGCUUGUCUCAGCUGGAAGAGCGUUUUGAAAUCCGCAAACAAAUCUUGGAUGAUGUUCAGUCCAAGAGUAUUGAGCGUAGUGGAGUCGACGUUGGGAAAAACACCAGACUCCUUCAACUCCAGCUCAGAGAGAGUGAACACCUGGCAGAAAAGCUGUCUCAGACUGUCUCUGACCUGACCACCGUCCUAUAUCUGAAAGAGGCCGAGCUUCAGUACUGGCAGUCACGUGUGUCCCACUGCCGUCAAGAGGCACUUACUCUGGCUAAAGGGAGGAACACCCUGAAGGCGACCAUUUCAGAAUUAGAGUUCACCGCAGAGUGUCAGUCCAAGGAGUUGGCAGCCCUGCGGGCGGAGCAGAAAGGUCUAAAGCAAACAUUGGCACAGGCUUGGACAGAGAAAGAAGAACUCUUGCAACGAUGGAUGGAGGAGAAGAGGGAGGAGGCAGUCAGGUUGAAUAAGUACAAUGCCGCACAGGAAAGGUGGCAACAUUGGGCCAAACAGCUGAAGAGGCAUCGCCAUAGAGACAUGGCAAAAGAGGAUAUUCCCAUAGUGACGAGUUCUUGGAGUGGCACAACUCAAACGUCUCCAUCAGUCAUUCAAAGGAUCAAUAAUACAGCAGUGAUACAGCAGGGACACUCAGACCACAACCACGACUCAGCUGCUGCAAAAGUCUGAUAUUCCCAUGGGAUCCAGGGGACGACAGUUCUCAGCACUCUCUGCCCAUAUCCCCAGUGCUUGUGGUUGGAAAAACUAAUUGCCCAUAUGUGAUGCGAGAAUGAUGACAGAGGGGGCAACCCUUUGCUGUAUCUAUUUUUAUUAAUUUACCCCAAAUUGAUUUAAAGAUCCACCGUAGUUUCAAGAUAUAUUCAAUUUGUCUAAUUUUACAUUUACUGCUUCAACUAAAGUCAACCUUUUCCCAAGUAAUGUCAGUUACUCUCUAUUUACUGUAGCUCAUCACAUCUGAUUGACACCCCUGACUAAGGAAUUUUUAAAAUCCAUCUUGUUGCACCAUUUCAGGUGAAAUUACUUGUUUAUCUAGUUCACAUCAUUAAAGUUGCAGUAGCUGGUGCUGCUGUUGUUGUACAGUCAGGACUCGGGGCUUGGUGUAAGUGACUGUGCCUAUUUCGACUUUGAGCUGUUUAUUCGUUAAGAAAAUCACGUGAACCAUUUUUACGUCCUGCGUCAAAAAGUGUAUUUGAAAAGAAUUUUAAUAACCUAACACAUUUUAAAAUUCCCUUUUUAGGAAAAUGUCUUUCUUUUUCUAUAUCAAAUGUUAAAGAAAAUAAGGUUAUAUGCAAAUUUAACUUGUUGUACAUUUCAAUUCUUAACUGGCUGUAAUAUUAUAUUAAAUAAAACCUUUUUUUGA